AUGGACCUACCAGAGUUUGUUACACCUUCUAUUUUACCACUAGAGCCUAUUACGUAUGUACCACCUGAGGCACCUCCGAUUUCCCCUCCCGUUGUCCCACUUCAGACUCCUCUUGUGGAUCCUCCAACUAUACAACCUCUUCAGACAUACUGUUGUCGCCAACCACCAUCGAUUAUACAUGUCCCUACACCUGUUCUUGAUACCGAAGUCAUUCCAAACGCUCCUUCGCCACCACCUUCUCCGUUAUCAGAUCCGACCUUUGAUAUUCCUAUUGCUAUUCGUAAAGGUAUACGUCCUACUCUUAACCCAUCCCCUCAUUACGUUGGUUUGAGUUACAAUCGUUUUUCUCAUUUGCAUUAUAUUUGUUUGUCUUCCUUGUCUUCUAUUUUUAUUCCUAAAUCUCCAGGUGAAGCUUUAUCCCACCUAGAAUGGAGACAACCAAUGAUUGACGAGAUGUGUGCCCUUCAGAGUAAUGGUACUUGGAAAUUGGUUCCUUUACCAUCUGGAAAGUCUUUAGUGGGAUGUCGUUAG